AUGUCCAAUAUUAAUAAUUAUAAUGGCAGAGAGGAAAUUACCUGUAUAAUAUAUUUGGAACCAAACAAGAAUUCUAAAUUUUAUCAAAAUAUUGAAAGUUUUUAUCAAGAAAGUGUUGCAAAAUAUGGACCAAAUGAAGCAACUAAAUAUCAUCCACAUAUAUCAAUGACUGGAUUUUUUACAUUAAAAAGCUUCAUCCCUUCUUCGAGUCAAUCCAAAGAUAACAAAUCUGUUAUAACAAUAUAUCAACAACUUGAUUCUAUAAUUAAUUUCUGUGGCACAGUAAAUGGUGGUUAUAGACUUCGCGCACCAUAUAAUUUUUAG